AUGCAGAAAUCGAACGUCGUCGCCUUGGAAAAGGCUGAUACCGUCGCGGUCCUGGCGGAAGCAGCCAACAACACCGCCCUCGACGACAAGGUCCUCAACCAGGCGGCACUCGAGGCUACUGCUGAAGAUCACGAACUCACCAUCGCCGAGGCCAUCCGGGUGUAUCCAAAGGCCAUCGGCUGGGCGCUCGUGUCAUCCACCUGUGUGAUCAUGGAGGGCUACGAUACCAACCUCUUGUCCAACUUCUUCGCGUACCCAUCGUUCCUGAUCAAGUACGGCCGAUUCGUUGGGGUCACUCCCCAGAGUCCAACGGGCUACCAGUUGACCCCUGCAUGGCAGGCCGGUCUGUCGCAAGGUGCCGGCGUCGGCUCCAUCUUCGGCUGCCUCCUGAGCGGCUAUCUCGUGUCCAAGUACGGCUCUCGUCGCGUCCAGAUCGGCGCCCUCAUCGCCCUGUCGCUCUUCAUCUUCCCCGUCUUCUUCGCCCCGAACCUCAUCGUCCUGGUCAUCGGCGAAAUCCUCUGCGGUGUCCCCUGGGGCAUUCUCGCCACGACCGCUCCUGCCUACGCCUCCGAAGUCCUGCCCACUGCGCUGCGCACAUAUAUGACCUCGUACACCAAUAUGUGCUUCAUCCUCGGCCAGCUCAUCUCUGCCGGCAUCCUCAAGGGCCUGUCGACGCACGUGGACCAGUGGGGCUACAGGAUCCCGUUCGCUCUGCAGUGGGUGUGGCCUGUCUUCCUCAUCCCCCUCCUCUACAUCUCGCCCGAGUCUCCCUGGUACCUCGUCCGCAUGGGUAAGCUGGAGGAGGCCGAGGACUCGCUGCGCCGCCUUCAAUCCACCGCCACAACGUCCGUCGACCCGCGCAAGACGCUGUCCAUGAUUGUCUACACCAACAACCUUGAGCAGCAGCUGCGCAUCGGCACGAGCUACUGGGACUGUUUCAAGGGCACCGAGCUACGCCGCACCGAGAUUGCCUGCGUCGUCUUUGCCGGUCAGAUUCUCUGCGGUAUCGCGUUUGCCUACAACAGCUCGUACUUCUUCUCACAGAUGGGUCUCGGCACCAGCACCACCUACUCUCUCGCGCUCGGCGGCACCGGUCUUGCCUUUGUCGGCUGCCUGAUCAACUGGUUCGUCCUGAUGCCCCGUCUCGGCCGCCGCACCAUUUACGUCUGGGGCAUGGCUGGCAUGUGCUCUGUGCUUCUCCUCAUCGGUAUCCUCAACGUCUGGACCUCGAAGGAAUCGGUCGCCAUGGCGCAGGCCUGCCUCACCAUGCUCUGGACCUUCAUCUUCCAGCUCUCGGCCGGACAGCUGGGCUGGGCGCUCCCCGCCGAGGUCGGCUCCACCCGUCUCCGUCAGAAGACCAUCUGCCUCGCCCGCGACUCGUCCAACAUCAUGGGCACCAUUGGUGGCGUCCUGCAGCAGUAUUUCAUGAACCCCCAGGCCUGGAACCUCAAGGGCUACACGGGCUUCUUCUGGGCUGGCACCUGCUUUGGCGUCUUCGUCUGGAGUUACUUCCGCCUGCCCGAGACCUGGAACAGGUCGUACCACGAGCUCGACGUGCUCUUUGCCAAGCGGGUCCCGGCCAGGAAGUUUGCCAGCACUGUCGUUGAUCCCUUUGACGAGCGGGACAUUUCCGAGAUGACGGCCAAGGCUUAA